AUGAAACUCAACUGUGAUGCAACACUUAUCUCAAAGGUCCGCGAGUCUUUGAUGCGAGUGAAUCAGGAUUUGUCUUCUGGAGAUGAGGUCACUACACCCAUAAAGGAAAAAUCCAAGGAUGACGGUGAAAUUGAUGCUGAUGAAGUUGAACCACUCAAGCGUUCAGUGAAACGUUCUUUGAAUGAUCAUUGCAAGGUACUAAAGCUCACAAAGAACUUGCGUCUGAAUACUGUCAUAGGCACAGUAGAACAACAAGAGUCAAAACAGUUUGGAGAUUGGAUAGCUUCUAUUGGUGAUGGGAAAAUUGGUGGACCUAAUGAUGGUUAUGCAGAAGUUGAAAUACCCAAUCAUAUGUUACUAUCGUCAGAUGGUGACCAUAUUGAAACCAUUGUUAGAAGUACAUUUCCUAUGUUUGCCAAUGGUAAUUCUGAUGCAAGUUAUCUUCAAGGGCUUGCUAUACUAGCACCUACAUUCAAUGUAGUGAACUCAGUGAAUGAAUAUAUGAGUGAGUUGCAUACGGCUGAAAGUAGAACAUAUUUUAGUUGUGACACAGUGUGCAAAGCCGAUGCAGACGCUGGAAUACUGGGUGAUGUACACACACCGAAAUUUUUGAACGUCAUUAGAGCUUCAGGUGUACCAAAUCAUUCAUUAACUUUAAAUAUCGGCUCACCAGUCAUGUUGUUAAGAAAUGUUGAUCAUUCAGUUGGAUUGUGUAAUGGUACACAGUUGGUAAUCUCCAAGUUAGCAGACCGUGUAAUUGAAGCUGAGUUAAUGGAUGGUGGUAACAAAGGAACAAAAGUGUUGAUCCCCAAAAUGUCAAUGUCACCAUCUGAUACCAGGUUGCCAUUCAAGCUUCACGGGGUGUUUGGAAUAAGGCAUGGAAUUGAAAGGGAAUAA